UGUUGCGACGCUGCGUGGCACUGGGCACCGACUGGCUCUGACUGCACCACACACACAUGACUGUAGUUGUGAAUGGCCCCGACACUUGGCACAUUUUGCGGGCGAGAAGUAGCCGUCAGUCCGGGCACUGCUACCUGCUGCAGACCGUGCUUGCGCCGCGUACGCCAAUGGGUGUCGCUACUGUGACCGUGUUCUGCAUUUGGACUAAAUGUAGCCGCUUUGAUCGGUGCAGUUAUUUUCAGAGUCACUUGCUUAAGCUAUUUCGGACCGUUUGGAAACGUGCAGACUGGUCUGGUAAUUUGGAUUGAGGAGCAGCACGGAGCGCUGCAGCAGACACGGUACCCGGAGCCGCAGCACCAGCAGCAGCAGCAGCAGCAGGGGAGGCACGGAUGUAAUGCCAAAAAACUGACCAGAAAAACAAAGGUUCAAGUCCAGUAAAGAAGACUGUUGGGUGCCCUCUGGAGAGGGAUCGGGACUUUGGUUCAGCCCAGCGAAAUGUAGCGCCCCACUGCCCUCAAAGCCGGAUUUGGAGACCUGCCUGCUUUCUACUCAUGAUUUUGACUGUAGUGUAGUCCAGGGCAUCUGCUGCAGUCAUGUUUAGGAACAGCUUGAAGAUGUUGCUGACAGGAGGGAAGGCCAACCGCAAGAGUCGCAGCAGCGAUGGUGGGAGCGAAGACUUGGCAGACCCCCGCUCGCCCGGUCUAGACCCUCACCUGAGCCACAUCGGCCAAGGUGGCAGCAUAGACAGCGACUGUGCCUUUGAAGGAGACUACGCUGUGCCCCCUCUCUCCAUGACCGAGGGCAUGCAGCACAUUCGCAUCAUGGAGGGCGUGUCACGCUCGCUGCCCUCCUCCCCGCUGCUCACCCACCAGACCAUCAGUGUCAGGCUACAGCCCGUGAAGAAGCUCACAGCCCCUCUGCGGAAAGCAAAGUUUGUGGAGAGCCCUCGCAUUCCACAAUCAGAGCUUGGCUCACCUACACACACCUCCACCACUGCCAAGAAUCCAGACCUGGACACAUACUGCCGUGGAGAGUCAAGCCAGGAGCUGGGCCCCCCUCCGUCGGUGGAUGAGGCAGCCAACACAUUGAUGACGCGCCUGGGUUUCCUUCUGGGAGACAAAGUGAGUGAGGGGCCAGCCGGUACCCAGUACAGCAUGGAGGAACCCGAGGCAAGACAGGGCCAGAACCAGAGGAUCAGCCCGUGCUCCACCCUGACCAGCAGCACUGCCUCACCCCCUGCAGGAAGCCCCUGCUCCACCCUCCCUCCUGCCAUGCCUGGCCAGGCCGGUAACAGGGACUGUGCCUACGGUUCUGUCACCAGUCCCACCUCAACCCUGGAGAGCAGGGACAGCGGCAUUAUCGCCACGCUGACCAGCUACUCCGAGAACAUGGAGCGAGGCGGCAAAUACGGCGAGGGCUCCCGGGGAAACCUGAAACUAUGGCAGUCCCAGAAAUCAGGCAUGGACUCGUUCCUGUACAGAGUGGAUGAAAACAUGACCGCCUCCACCUACAGCCUCAACAAAAUCCCUGAGCGCAACCUGGAGAGCAUGUCCUCCCACUCUGCCCACUCCAUCCCUCUGUACCUCAUGCCCCGCCCUAACUCUGUGGCUGCUACCAGUUCAGCCCACCUGGAGGACCUGGCAUACUUGGAUGAGCAGAGACACACUCCAUUACGCACCUCGCUGCGCAUGCCCAGACAGAGCACCACCUGCGGGCCGGGUCGCUCCGGGCAGGACCUGAGAGCUUCCGCUAAUAACACCCAUGCCUGGCAAUCGCAGUCACUGCGUUUUGCACCCUAUCGGCCUCAAGACAUCGCCCUCAAACCUCUGCUGUUUGAGGUGCCGAGCAUCACCAUGGACUCUGUCUUUACGGGCCGCGAGUGGCUCUUCCAGGAGAUCGAUGCCCACCUCAACAGCCCCAACGCCAGCACCAACCGCGGCGUGGCGGUAGUAGGCAACAUCGGCUUUGGCAAGACCGCGAUCAUCUCUCGUCUGGUGGCGCUCAGCUGCCACGGCACCCGCAUGAGACAAAUUGCCUCCGACAGCCCUCAGGCUUCACCCAAACAUGGAGAGGGGCUCCCUCUCACUCAGCCCCAGCCCACGCAUGGCACCCUGGGAGGAGGCAGCUGUCCCGGGACCCCCGAGAUGAGGAGACGUCAGGAAGAAGCCAUGAGGAGGCUGGCAUCUCAGGUGGUGGCGUACCACUACUGCCAGGCAGAUAACGCCUACACCUGCUUGGUGCCGGAGUUUGUGCACAACGUGGCGGCUCUGCUGUGCCGCUCGCCGCACCUCGUCGCCUACAGGGAGCAAAUGCUGAGGGAGCCGCACCUACAGAGCAUCCUGAGUCUGCGCUCCUGCGUCCAGGACCCCCUGGCCUCCUUCAGGAGGGGGGUCCUAGAACCCCUGGAUGCACUUUACAAAGAGAGGAAGAUCAACUCUGAGGAGGACCUCAUAAUCCUCAUAGACGGUCUGAAUGAGGCAGAGUUUCACAAGCCAGACUACGGAGACACCAUCGUGUCCUUCCUCACCAAAACCAUCAACAAGUUCCCUCCCUGGCUCAAACUGGUGGUCACAGUCAGAACCACGUUACAGGAGAUCACCAACGCGCUGCCGUUCCACCGCAUCUCUCUGGACAGCCUGGAGGAGAAUGACGCCAUAGACCAGGACCUGCAGGGCUACAUCCUGCACCGCAUCCACAGCAGCCCGGAGAUCCAGAACAACAUCUCGCUCAACGGCAAGAUGGACAACACCACCUUCGGCAAGCUCAGCGGCCACCUCAAGGCCCUGAGCCAGGGCUCCUAUCUGUACCUCAAGCUCACCUUUGACCUCAUCGAGAAGGGCUACCUUGUCCUCAAAAGCUCCAGCUAUAAGGUGGUUCCAGUCAACCUGGCAGAGGUGUACCUGCUGCAGUGCAACAUGCGCUUCCCCACGCAGUCCUCGUUCGAGCGGGCGCUUCCUCUGCUCAAUGUGGCCGUGGCCUCGCUUCAUCCGCUGACCGAUGAGCAGAUAUAUCAGGCCAUCAACGCCGGUUCUCUGCAGGGCACGCUGGACUGGGAGGAUUUCCAACAACGUGUAGACAACCUGUCAGUCUUCCUGGUGAAGAGGAGGGACGGUACCAGGAUGUUUGUUCACCCGUCCUUCAGGGAGUGGCUGAUCUGGAGAGAAGAAGGAGAAAAGACGAAGUUCCUCUGCGAUCCCAGGAGCGGUCACACCCUGCUGGCCUUCUGGUUCUCUCGGCAGGAGAACAAGCUGAACAGGCAGCAGACUAUUGAGCUGGGCCAUCACAUCCUCAAAGCACAUAUCUUCAAGGGUCUCAGCAAGAAAGUCGGGGUUUCCUCAUCCAUCUUGCAAGGCAUGUGGGUAUCCUACAGCACAGAGGGCCUUUCAGCUGCACUUUCUUCACUCCGAAACCUCUACACUCCCAACAUCAAGGUGAGCCGGCUGCUUAUGCUGGGCGGUGCCAAUGUGAACUACCGUACGGAGGUGCUGAACAACGCCCCCGUCCUGUGUGUCCACUCCCACCUGGGCUACAUGGACAUGGUGGCUCUGCUGCUUGAGUACGGCGCCUCUGUCGACGCUCAGUCUGAAAGCGGCCUCACGCCGUUGGGCUACGCUGCCGCUGGGGGCCACAUGGCCAUUGUGACUGCGCUUUGUCGCAGGAGAGCGAAGGUGGACCACCUGGAUAAGAACAGCCAGUGCGCUCUGGUUCACGCAGCCCUGAGGGGCCACAUGGAGGUGGUGAAGUUCCUCAUCCAGUGUGACUGGGGCAUGUGGCAACAACAGCAGCAGCAGCAGUCGCCACAAAGCCAACAGGUCUUCACCAAGAACCACGCAGUGCAGCAGGCCCUCAUCGCUGCAGCCAGUAUGGGAUACACAGAGAUUGUGUCCUACCUGCUGGACCUGCCAGAGAAAGAUGAAGAGGAGGUGGAGCGGGCUCAAAUCAAUAACUUUGACUCCCUGUGGGGGGAGACAGCUCUGACAGCAGCCUCUGGUCGGGGGAAGCUGGAGGUUUGUCGUCUGUUACUGGAGCAGGGGGCGGCUGUUGCCCAGCCUAACAGACGAGGCAUCGUCCCGCUGUUCAGCGCCGUCCGACAGGGACACUGGCAGAUCGUGGACCUCCUCCUCACACAUGGCGCAGAUGUCAACUUGGCUGACAAGCAGGGUCGUACUCCUCUAAUGAUGGCCGCCUCAGAGGGACACCUGGGGACGGUUGAGUUUUUACUAACUCAAGGAGCCUCUCUGUCUCAGAUGGAUAAGGAGGGGCUGACCGCUCUGAGCUGGGCCUGUCUGAAAGGCCAUCUACCUGUCGUCCGCUGCCUGGUGGAGAGUGGAGCCGCCACCGACCACGCAGACAAGAACGGACGCACGCCCCUCGACUUGGCUGCCUUCUACGGCGACUCUGAAGUGGUCCAGUUCUUGGUUGACCACGGGGCCAUGAUAGAGCAUGUAGACUACAGCGGGAUGCGUCCUCUCGACAGGGCGGUUGGCUGCAGAAACACGUCGGUGGUGGUCGCCCUGCUCAAGAAAGGAGCCAAGAUAGGUCCAGCCACAUGGGCCAUGGCCACCUCCAAACCCGACAUCAUGAUCAUCUUACUCAGCAAACUCAUCGAGGAGGGGGACAGCUACUACAAGAAGGGGAAGGUGAAGGAGGCAGCGCAGCGUUAUCAGUAUGCCCUCAAAAAGUUUCCACGCGAAGGCUUCAGCGAGGACCUCAAGACAUUCAGGGAACUCAAAGUAUCGCUCUUCCUCAACCUGUCCCGAUGUCGGAGGAAAAUGAAUGACUUUGGGAUGGCUGAGGAAUUUGCUACGAAGGCACUUGAACUGAAACCAAAAUCGUAUGAGGCAUACUAUGCCAGAGCACGCGCCAAGCGUAGCAGCAGACAAUUUCCUGAAGCCUUAGAGGACCUAAAUGAAGCCAUAAAGCAGUGCCCCAACAACCGAGAGAUUCUGCGGCUGCUCCAGAGGGUGGAGGAGGAAUAUCACCAGCUCAACCAGGAAGAGCACCAGCAGCAGGACCUGGAGCUGGAGCCUCCUCCCUCCCCUCCUCCUACGCCUCCCCCAGAAGAUGAGGAGUCCCUGUCCCUGUCCUUGUCCAUGCCUCUUCCUCCUCCCCCAGAGCCCCGUCUGGAAGACAUGGAGCCCGUCCAGGACCUGUUUGAGGACGAGGACUACCUGGAGCAGGAGCUGGAGGCCAUGUCUGUGGGUCUGCCCCCACCUGAGUCUCACACCAAUCCUUCCAGCCUUCCCAUCAUUCAGAGCCCACCGCUCUCCCCCACACAUCCAGAUCACAUCUACUUAGCUGGAGGUUCGCCCAUGGGCCAGCCCUACGAAUAUCACCCCACCUCCUCCUCCAUGUCCUCUCCUACCCGCGGGUCAUACCAGCCCACAUCGCCCUCCCUCUCCCCGACACAUCAGAAUCACUACCGACACAGCCCGCCUCAUACCUCCCCAGUGCACCAGUCGUCCUACGGCUUCAGCCCGCCUUCUAUGGGUGGUGGGGUUCAGGGCAUGGAUCACCAGAGCCCACCGCCUUCCCCUUUACGUCGGGCUGCUCAAUACAGAGCCAGUCCACCAGUAGAGAGUGUUUGUCUAUACAGGUCCCAGUCUGGGUCACCUGUGCGGUACCAGACAGAGCAACUCCCCGGCCGACCCAAAUCUCCCCUCUCUAAGAUGAGCAGCCAGCGUUCAUUCCAGCUGAGCUCUCAGCCCUCUCUGGCCUCCCAGCACCACCAAGCCCAAGGCCUUCGUCUUCAGCCUUCUAUUGCCCAAAUAGUCCGCACAAACCAGCCCAGCAAUGUGAUGGGCAACAGCAUCUACGGUGGCCAAAUGGGCCACUCCAUGGGUGGUCGCUACCAGGGGGGUUCAGUGGACGUCGAGAGCCGCCUGGUGUACCAGCCCUCCCUGGAUGGACGGUCCAUGCCCCAGGUCCAGGCCAGCCUCAGUUCUGGGGCCCUCUGUCAGCACGGCGGCCGAGGAGGGGUUAUGGAGUCGGGCCUGUUGAAGGAUGAUCUACCCCAACGCCCCUCCUCGGCCUACCGCGCCAGCAGCGGGGGCCCGGGGGGCAUCCGUUACAGCCAGACACCUCAGAUAAGCCGUAGCCAGUCAGCCGCCUACUACCCAGUGUCUGAACACAUACUGGAGCGAGCCAACGCCAUUCCCCCCUGCCAGCUGGGCUCUCCCGAGAUCCCCCACAUGGUGAGACGCCCCGUCAGUGCCAAUACUACUGAGAUGAAGCAGCAUGUGCCCACACCCAGGCCUCUCAUCCAUUCUCAGAGCGUAGGCCUUCGAUUCUCCCCCUCCAGCAACAACAUUUCAACUGGAUCCACCUCGAAUUUAGCGCCCGGUUUCAGGCCUUCCUCUUCCAUUCAGCAGAUGGAGAUCCCCCUGCAAGCCACAUAUGAGCGCACUUGUGAUGACAUGUCUCCCAUCUCUCCCUCCCAGGGCGGCGGUGGGCUGUAUCCGGGCGAGCCCACCCGCUCUCGGAACACACCCUUCAUGGGCAUCAUAGACAAGACGGCUCGGACUCAGCAGUAUCUGCAUCAACCCUCGCGGUCCAGGGCAAUGACAUCCAUGGACUCUGCCAUCAGCCCCACUUCGCCUGGCCAGCUGGUCCAGCAAGGCUCCACCUACGGUCCCCCCGCCUCACUGGGCAAUAUCGCCUACUACAACAAGACCAACAAUGCCCAGAAUGGACACCUGUUGGAGGAGGACUACUACACCCAGACCCAGCCCCCCUCGCUGGGCAAGCUGGCCAACGGCUCCCGCGGCAGUGGAGACAUCCUGGAGCGGGUCAGCCAGGUGCCCACCUACCCGGAUGUGAAGGUGGCGAGGACUCUGCCCGUGGCACAGGCCUACCAGGACAACAUGUACCGCCAGCUCUCGCGUGACUCCCGGACCCAAGGCCCCACCUCCCCCAUCAAACCAAAGAGACCAUUUGUGGAGUCGAAUGUGUGAUGGCCUGUCUGUGAUUGGGUGGUUGGACUGGGCAUGUUAGUGGGAGUGAGAGUGAGAGGAGAAAAAUAUUUAGCUCAACAGCAGAUGCUGCUGACCCUUGUGUAUGUGACAUGGAUGAACUCAUCUUUAAGAACUCAUCGGAGACCGUCAGAGAGAAAACCACACACUAAGGAUAUUAGACAUUAUCUUUAAAACAUAACUAACAGUGAGAAGUGAUUAUUUCAUUAUCAUAUUCUGCACACAGGUGGGAUAACAGGAGGGUCCUAAGUUCUGAUCUCAUACUAAAUCAAAGACUAGUGCACUUCCAGAAUGUUGUGUGGCACAAAGUUCCCACAAGUGAACACAACAGGUGGGGACUGUAGGAGUGAAAGUACUAAUCAUCGGACUCUACUUGUGGACUUGUAUCCAUCUUCUGUUCUUUCAAAGUGUGCUCUUAACCAAGGUUGCUAGUAGGCUCUAUUCUAUGUAAUACAAUAUUAUAUGUUCAAUACUGUACAUUGCUCAGAAAAUACAAAUGGCUCAACAACUCAGUACUUAGAGAAAAAUGACAAUAUUUAUAAUUAAGUUAUAUAUUGUACAUAGGAAGAAAACAUAGUUUGCGUUUGAAUUGUAUUCUGUUAACCCUGCCUUUGUGUCCCACUGCUAGUCAUAUGGAUGUGGAAAAUCGACCAGGGUAAGGAAUGAGGGACAUUGACCAACUUUGAAUGAUAUAAUUACCUCUAUUGUGUCAAAAUAAAAAAAGAUUUUGUCAUGGUUUAAUGAAAGAAAAUGCUUUCUAUGCUGCAAUGUGUCCUCAAUGAUCUGAAAGCUGAAACUAACAAGUAUUUUCUUUAUCGGUUCAUCUGCAGAUUAUUAUUUUUUUCUGUAAAAUGUCUGAAAAUAGUAACAUAUGCACAGUAUAAUCUAACAAGACGUCUUCAAAUGUCGUGUUUUGUCCGACCAACAUUCCAAAACCCCAAAAUACUCCAUUUACAAUGACAUAAACACAGAGAAAAGCAGCUAAUCCUUACAUUAAGAAGCUAGAACAAUGACAUGUUUGGCCUAUUCAUUUCCUGUCAAUCAAAUAGUAUCUCAAAAUUUUUUGCAUCAUUUUUUCAGUCAUUUUACCUAAUUUCUGACGUUCAGAUAGAAAUUAUUACUUUUCUAUAUUCCUUUUUAGUAUCAUUACUGUAUUACAGACCUCGUUAUAUACCUUGCUGUCAAGGCUGCGAUCUCAAGAGUUUUCUUGACAUAUUGGACCGCUUUGCAUACCAAUCAUCUGCUUAUAUAAACAGGCAAAGCAUCAGUUGCUUUCGUUUUGUACAAGCUCAUAUGAUGUUUUUGCAGAAUUCAUAAAACUUUUUUAAAUUGGCCUUGAGUGCAAUAAAUUAGUUUCUAGUUUUAAUAUUUGGUUACAGGAAUUUCAAAUCAAUGAAUGAUGCGGGUCAAAUGAUGAAUAGAAAAACCUGUGGUAGGUGAUUUUGUCAUGUGGCACAUUAAAGUUCGUCUUUGUCCCUCGUCCGUAGGUAAUUGCGCUGUGUGUUCCUAAGAGAGAGAGUACAGUACAUAUGCUAGUGAUGGGUUACAAUGGAUAGUGCUCAGCGAUUAAAAGCAAGCAAAUGCAUACAGGACCACUGUUACAGACAUUUCCCUUUCUCCUGCAUUAGUUUGUGUCGUUUCUUUUUACCCACAAUGCAUUUUUAUUCCGUCACUUCUGCACUAAAAAUGCCUGUUAAGUUCUUAACUAAGGGUGCACUUUAUGUAUUUUACUUACUUUGUUGUUAAGAUUGUUGCAUUUAGAAAAAGUGGUUGUGUGAUCAGGAAGACCUCUGACCAGUGAUACCAGACUAUCAUAGACUCUAUUAUUAUUAUAUGAUUUACAAAGCAGUGAUGAAUGACAAUAUGAAGAGCAAACAAUGUUUUUAAACUGGUGAAGUUGUAAAGACUUUCUAGCACAAGUUGUAUGUACUGACUCAGAUAUUCCACUCGGUCCAGCUCGGGUUUGUAAGUGAAGCAAGUCUGUUUCAAAUCUUAUUUAAGUAUUUCCACAUCAUAAACAAAAUCUCUGUAUCUCUUAAUUAGCCAGUCUAAUCCACUGGUCUUGCACACAUCUUGAAAUUAAGUCGAAUCCACUGCAACAAAACAAAAAAGUAUGACUCCAUAUUUGGAGUUUGGGUGAUUGAGAAAGUGGAAUAAUGAGAAUAUGGAGUUAUUUGUAUAUGUGGGAAAAGUUAUAGACCAUUUGUCUGUAACAUUUUAUUUUGGUUUCUCUGAUAAAGAAUAUCUAAAGAGACAUUCUCAGUUUCACCUGCUACCAGAGAGAUGCCCUUCUUAUCUUUGCAGAAAUGAAGGUAUAACCUGUAUUAUACUUAAUUUAAGAAGACUUCUAAGUUGAGGAUAUUUGAGGGUGUAUGGUUUCAAGCUGUCUAUGUAUAUUAGUUUGCUGUAAAUAGUCUGAUGCAUGUUCUAUUCUUUCAAUGAGCUCAAGCUGAAACAGAAACAUGUAUAGCAGUGUUCUGACUCUGGUGUGUGAUAUAACGUUUGGAUCAAGAUAAGGAGACUGCUAUCCCUGAACUAUCCUUAUCAUUUUCCUUCAACCUCACCAGACAAAAAGCAAAAGGUUCUUUUAUUUUAUUUUAAUGUAUUUGCUUGCUGAGCAGAGUUCUCUUGUCUGUAAAUGUGAGCUUUCAGAUCGCUGUGAUAAAAAGUUUAAUUAAAAACAAUAAAAAAGAA